CGUUAAUCCUGCUUUGUUUAAGAAAACUUACAUAACCGCUUUGGAAACGUUACAACGAAGCUGAAGCCAUCUAGCCAAUCUAGCCAGUGGAUGGAUAUGCUCCCAACCGUUUCUCCGAAAGCACAUGAUCCCAGCAACAUAUUUGCCGAUUUACGAAUUCCUCCACAACGCAUUAUACUGAAACGCUUGGUGAUGAAAGGCACAUUCGGAAGGCUAUAUGAAGCGAAAUUGCGGGUGCGGACACGAAGAAACUCCCGACAAUUCGUCAGAUGGAAAACAGUGUUUGUGAAGACAGUUUCAGCAUACGCUACCCAUGAACAAAUCGAGGUUUUUCUUAAAGAUGCCAGUAAAUUGGCCAGUAUUCGGAACAGAAGGAUUACUUCCGUGAUUGCAACCACUCAACAGGAUUCCGCGCUCAACGGUGCCAUCAGUAGAGUAAUUCCUUGGCUCGUUUAUCCGCACGCUGAAUUAGGGAACCUAAAGCAUUUUCUUCGGACCCCUACCAGAUCGUCGAAUGAGAACAUGAGCACUAAGGGAUUGACAGCUGAUCAAAUUGUUAUAUUGGGGUUACAGAUAGUACAAGCCGUCGAGUACCUUCAUCACAACGGUAUUGUUCAUGGUGACGUGGCUACCAGAAAUUGCCUACUCCGAAGUCAAGUCUGUGUUACACUGUGUGACUCGGCGUUGAGUCGGGACUUUUUCCCCGAAGAUUACCAAUGCCUUGGAGAUAAUACGAAUCGUCCCAUCAAGUGGUUGGCUCUUGAAGCACUGGUGGGAAGGACGUUCUCAAGAGCCACUGACGUUUGGUCUGUUGGAGUUACUCUGUGGGAGCUAGUCACCAAGGGUCAGCAACCAUACUCUUUGUUCGAUCCAUUUGAAAUGCCCAAUAUUUUGCGGUCUGGCUAUCGUCUUGAGCAACCCAGCAACUGUCCUGAGGAAAUUGUGCAGUUACCAGAACAGAAGCUGUCCGAAGCAUAUACGUCGUGCAUUCGCGAUAUGAAGAUAUUGAUACAUCGUACCAAAAGCUACUUUACAGGAACUGUUCGUUCAAUGUAA